AUGGUUCAAGUGACCCUGCCAUCGGGCACAUCCGCUCCUUCGGGUGCCGACCAGAUCCUAGCACUCUCCAGGCUCACAUCGGGGAGCACGUCCAUUGCUGUGUGGGUUGCGCUGAAUGAUUUCGCACCCCCGUCUGCGUCACCAACUUCCAUUCAAUUCGAAGACACGGAUUCCGGUAUCAGACAGAUCGCCGGCGUGAUUACCCUUGGAAGGGCUUCAGACGAGUCUGCCAUCUCUGGCUACAAGGUAUACUUUGGCAGCAGUGCGACGCAGAAGCUUCCGCCAGCAGUCCUGCCUGGACUUGCGUACAAGCUCUUUGUAUUCCCACAGAGCAGCUCGCUGCCUUCCCUCGAUGGCCGUGCGCCGACUUCGGAAGGUGUCCAUGCCUCGCUGGAUUUCGUGAGGCAAGACUUUGGGUCGCCGGAAGCUUUCAACACGGGCUUCGCUAUACGAUGGACGGGCUUCCUCCACAUCGUGACUGCCGGAACCUACUACUUCCAGACCUUUUCGGAUGGCUGCAAGGUCUACUUGCAUGGAGACGUGCUGAUUGAUGAUGAUGUCUUCAAGACCAACGCAUCGUGGAGCGUGGGAACCAGUCUGUUCCUUGAGCAGGGAGCACACUCGCUCCAGGUCGACUACUUCUUCGCACAGGCCGCAGCUGCGCCGGAGGGCACGAUGUUGCUGAAUUACUGGGGGACCGACUCAAGCGACAUGUGGAUGCCGGUGCCGGCAGACAAGCUUUCUCAUGGAGUGAACGAGACCGACUGGAUCGCUUACGUGAGUGUAUCUGCACAAGGCACCUGCGAGUUGUUGCGAUAUGGGGCAAGCUUUAAUACAUAA